AUGCAGUCUCCGCUGACACAGACAGAGUACGGAGCUGACCCAGACUACAAGAAGCCGCCGACCAUCAAUGGCAAGAGUGUGAAGCCGAACAAGUAUCCAGUAUGUGAGCCUUUCUACAAGGCGUACUACGAUUGUGUCCUGGUGAAAGAAGCCAGCUUCGGGAAGUUUGUGGGGAAGUGCGACGAGCUGAGGAUGCGGCUGGAUACCUGCAAUGCUCGUGAGCUGGAAAAUGCUCGUCACCGAAACAAUCAGCUAGCAAAAGAUAGGAAGAAACUGAUAGAUGAGAGGAUGGAGCAGCUGAGCAAAGAGCCUCCGAAAUUCACGAAGUAG